AUGUCCUCAUCACACCCACUGCAUAACGCUCCACUCCCAGACGAGCCGGGUCAACCGAUUGAUCCGGGUUUUGAACGAACGAUACAACAGCGAUUAAAAGAGUUGCUUGGAUGUAGAUUUGAUGGAUUUCCCGGGGCGCAGCCGGUUAGUUUUGCAGCAUCACACUUUCAUCUGCUGGAAACGGAAGAUUAUUUUGUAUGUGAAAAAAGUGAUGGCGUUCGAUACUUGAUGUUUGCAACCAUUACGCCAAAAGGACCGGCAACUUUUCUUGUAGGCUAUCUUUUUGUUAUUUAUAGUGGCGUUCCGUUGGCUGACUUGAGAUUACCGCUUCGCGAAUCUCCAAAUAAAUUUCAUAAAGAGACUAUGAUGGACGGGGAGUUGGUUGUGGACCUUGACCGUGACAAAAGAUGUGUACGCUUUCUAGUUUUUGACUUGAUGGUGAUUAAUGGCACGGUUGUCACACAACGGUCAUUAAGUACGCGACUUGGGAUGUUCAGACAAGAUGUGAUUGAUCCGCUGCAGACAGCACUAAAGAACGACCCGGUGCUGGCAAAAAAACAGCCGUUCACAGUUGAAUUAAAAGAAAUGGAGCGGUCAUACGGACUACCGAAAAUAUUCCAACAACUACCACUGCUUAAACACGCAAACGACGGGCUAAUUUUUACGCCUGUCAAACUUCCGUAUUCAUCGGGCACUUGUCCAAAAUUACUCAAAUGGAAGCCAGCAAACAGCAACACGGUCGACUUUAAGAUCAACGUGGUAUGGAACACGGAACGAAAACCACGAUACGAGCUAUUUAUUGCGAGUAAUGGUGUGCAUAAGUAUUAUGAUCAGUUGACGCCUGAGGAUGAGCUGGCUGCAGAAUGGCGUAAAAACCCUCCAAAUGGUCGUAUUGGCGAAUUUUGGUGGGACCCGAACUGGAAAACUUUUGUGAUUAACGAAGAUGGAUAUGCACCUAAUGUUCGUGCGGGUGGUUGGAGGUUUCUAAGAUUUCGCGACGACAAAGAUUUGGCUAAUGACGAAAAAGUCUUGAAAAAAAUAAUGAACAGCAUACGAGAUGCUGUAUCUCAAGAGAUGUCUCCAGCAUCGCAUCCUUCAGCGGCAAACUCUCAAGAGUCCGUACAGGCAUCAACAGCAUAUCGCACUGAUAACGUCACAGAAACGGAUAAUGAAGAGCAAAAUUUUCAUCCUUCUACAUCAUCAUCACAUCAUUCUAGUCGUUCGGAUUCCAGCUCCAAUUCUAGUUCGAGUCGACCUACUCCGCAGAAAAGGCAAUCAAAAGCAAUGCUAGAAUUUAUAUUAAAUGAUCAAGAAUCGGAAACAAAGCGAGCUCGAUAUGAGUAA